AUGGUGUACUUACAUAUGUGCAGGUUGCAAAUGCCGGAGUUGGGCUACAGUAUACUUCCACGCUUCUUCGAAGAAGCAGCAACUGUAUUUGGGGGAGUCCAAAGCACCGGGAAUUAG